AUGAAAACCCGAGACCUAGACAUAGGUCUGACUGAAGUGAUUCCCAUCUAUGGGAGAGGAAACUUCCCCACUCUGCAAGUCCGAGCCAAAGAUAUAAUACGAGUGGUGAAGGAGCGUCUGGUGGAGCGGGAUAUCCCUGUUAAAGAUAUACGUCUCAAUGGUGCCACAGCAAGCCACGUUCUGGUAAGAGACAAUGGUUUGGGAUACAAAGAUUUAGAUAUUAUUUUUGGUGUGGAUUUGCCCAGACAGGAGGACUUUCAAGUGAUCAAGGAGGUGGUGCUGGGAAGUCUAAGAGACCUCCUCCCAUGUGGCGUGAACCGGAGAAAGAUCACCUGUCUGACCAUGAAAGAGGCUUAUGUACAAAAGAUGGUGAAGGUGUUCAAUGAACAUGACCGGUGGAGUCUAAUAUCUCUAUCAAACAACAGGGCCAAAACUGUUGGCCUUAGGUUUGUGAGCUCCCUGCGAAGACAUUUUGAGUUCAGUGUUGACUCCUUCCAAAUCAUUUUAGACCGAAUGCUCGAAGGAGGACAAUGUGGGUCAAACCUGUGGACUGGGUCAUCUGUAGAGACCACUAUCACUGUGGAGGCAGAGUGCAUGUACGGGGACUUCCAACAAGCCCUGCACCACCUCCAAAACAAUCUAAUUGCAACUCACCACCCAGAGGAGAUCCGCGGAGGUGGGCUGCUCAAAUACAGCGACCUGCUGGUCCGAGACUUUCGCCCAGCCAGUGACACAGAGAUCAUCUUGGAGCGAUACAUGUGCUCACGCUUUUUUAUAGACUUUCCAGAUGUGAGUGAACAACAGCGCAAGAUUGAAGCUUAUUUGCAGUGCCACUACAUCGGCAGUGACGAGGCCAGCAAAUAUGAUUAUCUGAUGACACUGCGCCGUGUGAUUGACGAGAGCACUGUGUGCUUAAUGGGCCAUGAGAGGCGACAGACUCUGAACAUGAUUACAGUCCUUGCCUUGAGGGUUUUGGGAGAACAAAACGCCAUCCCAAACACUGCAAAUGUCACCUGCUUUUACCAACCCGCUCCAUACAUGACCGAGCCCAUGUACAACAGCUACUUCAUCAGUCAAACCCAGCCGCCCCUUGUUUACCACCCCUACCCUUUACAUGUGCACCUGCAGUCUGGCCUGGUCUAGCUAUAGGGCAUCAAUAUGGCAUGUUGUGACUAUAGGCAUGGUGCACUGCAAAUGAGCACACAAAUGCACUUAAAGAGCAUUGUCUGAUGCUUUUAGAUACUGCAAGUCAUUGGAGCCCAGAAAGUCAGUGGACCAGGACAUACUUUCGAAAAGAAGCAAUGGGUUCACAUUGUGAGACAGUUAAAGUGAAAUGGAGAGACAGGUGAGGAUCCGCUCUGUCACGGCUAUGAGUCAUGUGAUUGCUCUUUAUGGCAAAAACUUACCUAAUAUAUCUCUUAAAUCUUGAAAUGAUAAGGUUUAAAUCAUGGUAUGUUUGUGGGUUUAUACCUGUGUAGCUGUUUUGUGUGAAACAAUGUUCUGAGUUCAUUGUUAUGUGCAGUGGAUUUCAGUAUGUGACUUUAAACUCCUUGUAUGGAGCUAUAGAAACAUCAGCAAAUAUUUCCUGUGGUACUUCCAUAUUGUCAACACUGUAUUUAUAAAUUAAGUUAAUAUGAUUAACUGAGAUU